GUCUCUUCCCUUUCGCCAGAGUCUUCCUUUCCAACCACCCAAACAAAACAGAGUCAAAUAUUCCGCCGCCGGCCAAAAAAUGCUGGACGAGAAAGUAGUAUUGGACGCGGCGAAGCAAGGGGCGAAGAGCUUGGGGAAGGCGGUCGCCCCCAUAGCCACCCAACAUGUCAAAAUGUUGUUCGGAGUCAACAAGGAGCUGGAUCGCCUGCGAUCCACCGUCGACGCGAUCGAGGCCGUGUUGAAAGACGCGGCGGCGGCGGGGGGAGGAGGAGGGCUCAUCAGCUACCAAGACGGUGAGUGGGUCGACAACCUGGCGCGUAUGAGGGAUGAGGCAGCGGAUCUGCUGAAGAGCUACUCGGCGAGGAAGCGGCGGCACGACGCCAUCUUGAACCGGCGGUUCAACUGCGUCAGCUUGGCCAACUACGCGGUGUCGGUUCCUGGGUACUGGGUGGAGAACUACUUCGCGGCUCUGAAGGUGAGCAAGAUCAGGGAGAGGCUGGAUGCUAUGGCUAAAGACCGGAAAACCGUGCAUUCUAAUUUCCGAUGAGCUUCAUCACAGCUGGAUGACUCCAGAUGCGCGCGGUCUUUUUUUAAUGCUAGCUUUUUCUUUCUGUCUUGCAACUUCAGUAGUUGGCCCUCUAUGAUUUGAUUGGGUUGACCAAAUGAAGGAGCCGGGAAAUGGGGCGUGGUUAUGUACUUAAUUGUGUUAUAGAACAUGUUUCUUGUAACUCUCGAUUGUUCUUGGUUACGUUGUGUAAUAAUUAAUGAUUUUGGUA